AUGAUAUCGUUUUUGACAUUUACAUUACUAUCUGUUGGAUGUUACGCCUCUCAUUAUUCGUACCCACAAAAUCAUGGAUUCUCUAGUCCAAAAUUAGUGUCUCAGUCAGUUAAUUUUGAAGAUGUGCCAACAAAAGUUAUCAAGAUUACAAAAACUGUCGCUGUGAAAGUACCGGUUCCUUAUCCAGUCAAGGUUCCAUAUCAUGUUCCCGUUCCUGUACCAGUGAAUCAUCCAGUACCGGUACCAGUGCCACAGAUAGUGAAAGUGCCUGAACAUGUGCCGUAUCAAGUCUCAAAACAUAUACCUGUAGAGCUUCCUCAGCAAGUUCCUUUUUUUAUUACAAAAACUGUUUCUAUACCACAACCCCUACCUGUUCCUCAUCCAGUUAAGAUUGUUCAACCAUUACCCUAUCCAGUUUCACACCCAGUUCCCGUUUCUAAUAACUAUCAAUCUAAUCAUGAAAGCUCGGAUUAUAAUCAAGUAUCAACUGAAGGAUAUCAAGAACAAAAUGAAUCAUAUUCUGACACUUCUCAUUCAGAAGACAAAAACUAA